GGAGCGGGCCACGUGUCUGCCCUUGCCGGGGCCCCGGGCUGGUCACAGGCUCUGCCCAUUCUCAGAAUAGCUGGCCUUGGGGUCAGUAGUUGGGCCUGGGCUCUGCUUUUCCUUCUUGCCCACGGCUCCGUGGCCUCCUGUGUGGAGCUCCCAGGCACCUGCUGCAGAGCCACCCGCAAGCAGUGGCAGACAAGGGAAGGAGGCAGCCGGACCGCGGUCCCAUGGUCCAGGUGGAGUUCUACGUCAACGAGAACACCUUCAAGGAGCGGCUCAAGCUGUUCUUCAUCAAAAACCAAAGAUCCAGCCUGAGGAUCCGACUGUUCAACUUCUCCCUGAAGCUGCUCACCUGCCUGCUCUACAUCGUCCGAGUGCUGCUCGACGACCCAGCCCUGGGGAUCGGAUGCUGGGGCUGCCCCAAGCAGAACUACACCUACAAUGAGUCGUCCUCCGAGAUCAAUUGGGCCCCCAUCCUGUGGGUGGAGAGAAAGAUGCCUCUGUGGGCCAUUCAGGUCAUCGUGGCCAUAAUCAGCUUUCUGGAGACCAUGCUCCUCAUUUACCUCAGCUACAAAGGCAACAUCUGGGAGCAGAUCUUCCGCGUGUCCUUCAUCCUGGAGAUGAUCAACACACUGCCCUUCAUCAUCACGAUAUUCUGGGCCCCACUGCGGAAUUUGUUCAUCCCCGUGUUUCUCAACUGCUGGCUGGCCAAACACGCCCUGGAAAACAUGAUCAACGACUUCCACCGCGCCAUCCUGCGCACCCAGUCAGCCAUGUUCAACCAGGUCCUCAUCCUCUUCUGCACCCUGCUGUGCCUGGUCUUCACGGGGACCUGUGGCAUCCAGCACCUGGAGCGUGCGGGCGACAACCUGUCACUCCUGACUUCCUUCUACUUCUGCAUCGUCACCUUCUCCACCGUGGGCUACGGAGACGUGACCCCCAAGAUUUGGCCAUCCCAGCUGCUGGUGGUUGUCAUGAUCUGUGUGGCCCUUGUGGUCCUCCCACUGCAGUUUGAGGAGCUCGUCUACCUGUGGAUGGAGCGGCAGAAAUCAGGAGGCAACUACAGCCGCCACCGGGCCCAGACGGAGAAGCACGUGAUCCUGUGCGUCAGCUCCCUCAAGAUCGACCUGCUCAUGGACUUCCUGAACGAGUUCUAUGCCCAUCCCCGGCUGCAGGACUAUUACGUUGUCAUCCUGUGUCCCACUGAGAUGGACAUCCAGGUUCGCAGGGUCCUGCAGAUACCCCUGUGGUCCCAGCGGGUCAUCUACCUCCAGGGCUCCGCACUCAAGGACCAAGACCUCAUGCGGGCCAAGAUGGACAACGGGGAGGCCUGCUUUAUCCUCAGCAGCCGGAACGAGGUGGAUCGCACAGCAGCGGACCACCAGACCAUCCUGCGCGCCUGGGCCGUGAAGGACUUUGCCCCCAACUGCCCCCUGUACGUCCAGAUCCUCAAGCCCGAGAACAAGUUUCACGUCAAGUUUGCAGACCACGUGGUGUGUGAGGAGGAAUGCAAGUACGCCAUGCUGGCACUAAACUGCAUCUGCCCGGCCACGUCCACCCUCAUCACGCUGCUGGUGCACACAUCCCGCGGCCAAGAAGGCCAGGAGUCACCGGAGCAGUGGCAGCGCAUGUACGGCCGCUGCUCAGGCAACGAGGUCUACCACAUACGCAUGGGGGACAGCAAGUUCUUCCGCGAGUACCAGGGCAAGAGCUUCACCUACGCUGCCUUCCACGCCCACAAGAAGUAUGGCGUGUGCCUCAUUGGCCUGAAGCGGGAGGAGAACAAGAGCAUCCUGCUGAACCCGGGGCCGCGGCACAUCCUGGCCGCCUCCGACACCUGCUUCUACAUCAACAUCACCAAGGAGGAGAACUCUGCUUUCAUCUUCAAGCAGGAGGAAAAGCAGAAGAAGAAGGGCUUCUCGGGGCCGGGGCUGUACCACGGGCCGCCCCACCUGCCCGUGCGCAGCGUCCUCGCCUCCAUGGGGACCGUGGCCAUGGACCUCCAAAGCACGGAGUGCCGGCCUGCACAGAGCAGCGGGGGCGGCGAGGGCAGCAAGCUGGCACUCCCGACGGAGAACGGCUCCGGCAGCCGGCGGCCCAGCAUCGCGCCUGUCCUGGAGCUGGCCGACAGCUCCGCCCUGCUGCCCUGCGACCUGCUGAGUGACCAGUCAGAGGAUGAGAUGACGCCGUCGGACGACGAGGGGCUGUCUGUGGUGGAGUACGUGAAGGGCUACCCCCCCAACUCGCCCUACAUCGGCAGCUCCCCCACCCUGUGCCACCUUCUGCCUGUGAAGGCCCCCUUCUGCUGCCUGCGACUGGACAAGGGCUGCAAGCACAACAGCUACGAAGACGCCAAGGCCUAUGGCUUCAAGAACAAGCUGAUCAUCGUCUCGGCGGAGACAGCGGGCAACGGACUGUACAACUUCAUCGUGCCACUCCGGGCCUACUACCGGCCCCGCAGGGAGCUCAACCCCAUCGUGCUGCUGCUGGACAACAAGCCCGACCACCACUUCCUGGAGGCCAUCUGCUGCUUCCCCAUGGUCUACUAUAUGGAGGGCUCUGUGGACAACCUGGACAGCCUGCUGCAGUGUGGCAUCAUCUACGCCGACAACCUGGUAGUGGUGGACAAGGAGAGCACCAUGAGCGCCGAGGAGGACUACAUGGCCGACGCCAAGACCAUCGUCAACGUGCAGACCAUGUUCCGGCUCUUCCCCAGCCUCAGCAUCACCACAGAACUCACCCACCCGUCCAACAUGCGCUUCAUGCAGUUCCGCGCCAAGGACAGCUACUCUCUGGCUCUUUCCAAACUGGAAAAGAGGGAGCGGGAGAAUGGCUCCAACCUGGCCUUCAUGUUCCGCCUGCCGUUCGCCGCCGGCCGCGUCUUCAGCAUCAGCAUGCUGGACACAUUACUGUAUCAGUCGUUUGUGAAAGACUACAUGAUCCCCAUCACCAGGCUGCUGCUGGGCCUGGACACCACGCCGGGCUCCGGCUACCUCUGUGCCAUGAAGAUCACCGAGGAUGACCUGUGGAUCCGCACCUACGGCCGCCUCUUCCAGAAGCUGUGCUCCUCCAGCGCCGAGAUCCCCAUCGGUAUCUACAGGACCCAGUGCCACGUCUUCUCCACCUCAGAGUCCCAGGUCUCUGUGAGCGUGGAGGACUGCGAGGACACGCGGGAAGUGAAGGGGCCCUGGGGCUCGCGGGUGGGCGGCAGCGGCGGCAGCGCCCACGGACGGCAGACAGCAGGCAGCGACCCGGCUGAGCACCCGCUCCUGCGGCGCAAGAGCCUGCCGUGGGCACGGAGACUGAGCCGCAAGGGCCCCCGGCACUCGGGGAAGGCGGCAGCCGAGUGGAUCAGCCAGCAGCGGCUCAGCCUGUACCAGCGCUCCGAGCGGCAGGAGCUCUCCGAGCUGGUUAAAAACCGCAUGAAGCACCUGGGGCUGCCCACCACUGGCUAUGAGGAUGUAGCAAAUUUAACAGCCAGUGAUGUCAUGAAUCGGGUAAACCUGGGAUAUUUGCAAGACGAGAUGAAUGACCACCAGAACACCCUCUCCUACGUCCUCAUCAACCCCCCGCCUGACACGAGGCUGGAGCCCAACGACAUCGUGUAUCUCAUCCGCUCCGACCCCCUGGCCCACGUGGCCAGCGGCGCCAAGAGCCGGAAGAGCAGCUGUAGCAACAGGCUGGCCUCCUGCAACCCGGAGACGCGGGAUGAGACGCAGCUUUGAGCUGCCCAGAGCCCCUCCGCCACCCUGUCCCCUCCCGACUCUGCAAGCCGCGUGAUGCAUGAGCCUGCAAGGGCCUGUCACUUGGCCCAGCUAACCGGCCAGAGCUGCCCCGGGACUGGCCGGGGGGAGCAGACUUCACCUAGGUGGGGGCGAGGCUGCCCCGGGCACCAUAAGAAGCUGGCAGAAGUCUUUUUUAACCUGUUUUUACAGAUCCAUACAACUCACAUGUCUACACAAACGCACCGCAACUCGUGACUGGGUCUGACUGAGGUGACAGGCGGGGAGCCUGGCUGGAUCCUGGAUGCAGGGCGGGCAGGAGCCUGGGCCGAGCCCGGGCCCCACACUGGGCUCAUAUGGAGCACACCCCAGACCAGGAGAGCCACGCCCACCUCAACCCGCCCGUGUUCAUGGCCACGCACCCGGGUCAGUUCGUGGGCCUGCCCUCGGCUCUAGGCCAGGCUGCAGGUGGUGGGCCGCUCUCCCCGGCCCUGUGGGUCCCAGCUCGUCUCAGCUGUGAGGACUGACCCGGAGUCAGGCCACACGGGGCUCCAGAACCAGGCACAGGUGAGCAAGGGAGCCCCUUCCAGAAGGAGACGGAAAGCAAGGGGGUCUCCAUCUUGGCCAAGCCCCUGGCUGAGGCUGGGCGGGCUCUGGAUAUAUGAGGGGGGAGGUGGGGCUGCCUGAGACCCCCAGAGGGGCCCGCAGACCAUGACUCUGUGGAAGAGAAUCAGACAACGUCCUUUUCCUGUCUCUACGUGGAACUUGCGCAGCCGCGCCAUCUGACACCCUUUUAACACCAGACCCGAAGCACAACUCAGCCCCCCAGGGCUGCUGGCCCGUAUCUCCUGGGUAGAGGUUUCUCACUGAAGAAAGGGCUCUGGUUGCCACCACGGUUCCUUUGUGACUGUUUGACGGGUUUUGCACGGUCAGUGCUGGAAACUUCUAUUAAAUGGAUGCAUUCUGCA